UUGGCCUUUUCAUCUCGCUCUCUGCUUCUUCCACCUAUUUUACUUUUCUUGUUCUUUACCCUUCCUACUUCCUCUGGCCGAACACACACACACACACACACACACACACACUUUCUCUCUCUUCCGAAAGAAAAAUCGAAGCUUCCUUUCCUUGGCUUUACCAUUGAGCUUUCCACUUGAGUGGAAUGGAAGCUCAAAUUCAGCAGCGGAACAUUGUGGAGGAAGGAGAAAUGUCGUAGAGAUCUCGAAAUUUUGAGAAGGGGAAUUAUGGUAGCUGGAUAUACUCUGUUGCAAAUAUGCGGUUCGUAUAGGAGUUUCCAGGUUCUGUAUUAUUGGUUUUUUUUUCUAGAAGAGGACAGUUUAACCACCUGAAAGUUGGUAGCAGCUAUGCUACCCACUGGAGCAAAGGAUACGCAACUCCGUGAAAGCAACAGCCAGAAGGUUCACCCACAACCCAUGGAAGAGGCCAUGAAUCAGAAUCCAGAAGCCGUGGAAGCGCUGAUAUCAAAGAUUUUUACAAACAUUUCCUCCCUUAAGUCAGCUUACAUUGAGCUUCAAGCAGCUCAUACUCCCUAUGACCCUGACAAAAUCCAAGCAGCCGAUAAACUCGUUAUUUCUGAGCUGAAGAACCUUUCUGAACUAAAGCACUUUUACAGAGAGAACAAUCCCAAACCGGUGUGUGUUUCGCCACAGGAUUCUCGCUUGGCUGCUGAGAUCCAGGAACAACAGAGUCUGCUGAAGACUUAUGAGGUUAUGGUCAAGAAGUUCCAGUCUGAAAUUCAGAAUAAGGAUUCCGAGAUCCUUCAGUUGCAACGGCAAAUUGAGGAGGCGAAUCAAAAGCGAGCAAAGCUGGAGAAGAAUCUAAAGUUUAGGGGGUUGUUGACAAAAGAGUCAGAAGGUUCCGCUAAUGAAAAUGGAUUUUUCCACUUGGAUCUAACUCCUGAGCUUUUCACCUCCUCUGUAGAAGCUACCUUCAAAGCUAUUCAUGAUUUUUCUAAACCAUUGAUCAACAUGAUGAAAGCCGCUGGGUGGGACCUUGAUGCCGCAGCUAACUCAAUUGAACCUAAUGUUGUUUAUGCAAAAAGAGCUCACAAGAAAUAUGCCUUUGAAUCCAAUAUCUGCCAGCAAAUGUUCAGUGGGUUUCAGCAGGAAAGCUUUGGCAUAAAAGCAGAUGACCUCGUGGUCACGAAGGAGAGCUUCUUCAAUCAAUUUCUUGCAUUGAGGGAGAUGGAUCCACUCGACAUGCUUGGUCAAAACCCAGAUUCGAUUUUUGGGAAGUUUUGCCGGAGCAAAUACCUGGUUGUGGUGCACCAGAAAAUGGAGGCUUCUUUUUUUGGAAAUUUGGAUCAAAGGAACUAUGUGAUGGGUGGCGGGCAUCCACGGACUCCCUUUUACCAGGCGUUUCUGAAACUGGCCAAGGCAGUCUGGCUUUUGCACAGGCUGGCUUAUUCUUUUGAUCCCAGUGUCAAGGUCUUCCAGGUUAAGGGAGGGAGCGAGUUUUCAGAGGUUUACAUGGAAAGUGUUGUGAAGAAUUUGAUAACAGACGAAACUGAACAAAAACCGAAGGUCGGACUCAUGGUCAUGCCUGGAUUUUGGAUUGGGGGCAGUGUGAUUCAGAGUAGAGUAUAUCUCUCGGGAAUGAAGGUUGCUGAAUAACUUCCCAGCCUGUGUAAAGAAAACCCAAAUCAGUACUUGGUGUGUCUCUAUUAGUGUAUUGUUCUUUUUUAUGUAACAUGAUGCAGCUGUUCUUGUUGAUUAUUCCUGUUUGUGGGGUUUUGAACGAUUGAUUAAUCUCCUUAAGUCUCUCUUAUCUAGUUUUCUAUC